AUGGCCUGGAUUUUUAUUACUCUUCAAAGCAACAGGCCCAGAAAAUGGUCGAUUUUCUUCAGUCUACAGUUCCAUCUAGAUCAAAGUCAUCCCAACGUUUGAUCUCCCAUGACAUUCACAGCAAUGUCUACAACUACAAAAGCACUUUCUCUGUGGAAAUUGUUCCCAUAUGCAAGGACAAUGUUGUGUGUCUGUCACCCAAACUGGCCCAGAGUCUGGGCAACAUGAGCCAGAUCUGUGUGUGCAUCAGAGUGACAAGUACCAUCCACCUCAUCGACCCUAGAACUCUGCAGAUUGCUGAAAUCGAUGGAAACACGUACUGGCGCCAUCCUUUCAACAGCUUGUUUGACCCCAAGCAGCUAGAGGAAUUCAUCAUCAUGGACAUCAACAGGGUCCAGGAGAGGAAAAAAGGUGCUGGGGCAGGAGCACGAUCAAACAAGCACACCCUGGCUGAGGCCUGGGUCCGGAAAACCUCAGAGCUGGACACAGAUCACCAGUACUUCUGCUGCACACACCUGGGGCACAUCCUGAAUCCUGGGGACCUUGUCUUGGGGUUUGACCUGGCAAACUGCAACUUAAAUGAUGAGUUUGCCAACAAGAUGAACCCACACAACAUUCCUGAUGUGGUGUUGAUCAAGAAGAGCUAUGACCGCAGCAGACGCCAGCGGCGCAGGAACUGGAAGCUGAAGGAGCUGGAAAGGGACAGAGAAGGCACAGAUACAGAUGAUGAAAGGCAAUACCAGGACUUCCUUGAAGAUCUGGAGGAGGAUGAAGCCAUCAGGAAGAAUGUCAACAUUUACAGAAAUGCAGAUAUCCCAGUGGAGAGUGACACAGAUGAUGAUGGACCUCCACGGAUCAGCCUGGCUGAAAUGUUGGAGGAUCUCCAUAUUUCUGAGGAUGCCACUGGUGGGGAGGGAGCAGAGAUGCUGACAGAGUAA